CGUGGGAAGCUUACCAGGCGGUGAUUGGCCGUGGGGGAGCGUGGGGCGGGGCGCAAGGCGCUGAGAGGUUCCGUGCUUCUCCGGUCGGGCCGCUUGUUUGGCUGCUGCCGUCACCUCAUGGCGACGCGGGUAGAGGAGGCAGCGCGGGGCAGAGGCGGCGGCGCCGAGGAGGCAGUUGAGGCCGGUCGGGGCGGACGGCGACGCGGCCCGCGGCAUAAGUUUGAAAUUGGCACAAUGGAAGAAGCUGGAAUCUGUGGGCUAGGGGUGAAAGCAGCUGUGUUGUGUAACUCUCAGUCAAAUGUUCUUCAACAUCAAGACUCACAUUGUGGUGGCACAACUAAGAAGCAUUCAUUGGACGCGGAUGAAGGCAGUGACUUUGUAACAAAGAACAGGAGUUUGGUGGGCACAGCCUAUUGCGCACAAGAGCCGAGAGAGGACAUUCCUGGGCGAGAAGCGCGAACAGACCCCCCUGACGGUCAGCAGGAUUCAGAGUGCAGCAGGAGCACAGAGAAAACCUUAGGAAAAGAAGUUUUAUUACUGAUGCAAGCCCUAAACACCCUUUCAACCCCAGAGGAGAAGCUGGCAGCUCUCUGUAAGAAAUAUGCUGAUCUUCUGGAGGAGAGCAGAACUGUUCAGAAGCAGAUGAAGAUCCUGCAGAAGAAGCAAGCCCAGAUCGUGAAAGAGAAGGUUCACUUGCAAAGUGAGCACAGCAAGGCCAUCUUGGCACGAAGCAAGCUGGAAUCCCUGUGCAGGGAGCUCCAGCGCCACAACAAGAGCUUAAAGGAUGAAAAUGUGCAGCAGGCACGAGAGGAAGAAGAGCGGCGGAAAGAAGCAACUGCACAUUUCCAGAUAACCCUAAAUGAAAUCCAGGCGCAGCUGGAACAGCAUGACGCCCACAACGCCAAGCUCCGCCAGGAGAACAUUGAGCUGGGCGAAAAGCUGAAGAAGCUCAUCGAACAGUACGCGCUGAGGGAAGAGCAUAUCGAUAAGGUUUUCAAGCACAAGGAACUGCAGCAACAGCUCGUGGACGCCAAACUGCAGCAGACAACACAGCUAAUAAAAGAGGCUGACGAAAAGCAUCAGAGAGAGAGAGAGUUUUUGUUAAAAGAAGCAACAGAAUCAAGACACAAAUAUGAACAAAUGAAACAGCAAGAAGUACAACUAAAACAGCAGCUUUCUCUUUAUAUGGAUAAGUUUGAAGAAUUCCAGACUACGAUGGCAAAAAGUAAUGAACUGUUCACAACCUUCAGGCAGGAAAUGGAAAAGAUGACAAAGAAAAUUAAAAAACUGGAAAAAGAAACAAUAAUAUGGCGUACCAAGUGGGAAAACAACAAUAAAGCACUUCUGCAAAUGGCCGAGGAGAAAACUGUCAGAGAUAAAGAAUACAAGGCCUUUCAGAUAAAACUGGACCGGUUAGAGAAGCUGUGCAGGGCUCUCGAGACGGAGAGGGACGAGCUCAGCGAGACGGUGGAGGUGCUGACGGGCCGCGUCUCCGGCAGAGCGGCCGCCGGGGACUCGGCCGUGCCCGCCCGGGCGCUGCGGCUGGAGGCCAGGCCGGGGGCAGCGGGCAGCGCUGCGCACCAGCCCCCCAGGCCGGCCCACUAG